UUUUUCCCCAAGUUGGCAGCCUCCACGGUAGAAGCAGCUGUCAAUCGUCUACAACAAAAGUGUCGCCAGAAGAAACAUUUUACCAUGGGCAACGCUUUGAAUCACUAUCUGAAACCAGAUGUGACGCCCGGUCCGGAUGUGGUGCCCAGUUUUGAUCCCAUGUUGGGAUUCGGGGCGCGCAAGGAACGCGUCAUGAUUGCCACCAAAGAGGAAAUGGAAUCAGCCAAACUGCCAUUGGAGGACCGUGACUAUUGUGCCCACAAGCUGAUCGCCUAUCAGGCCUGUCGGUCCGACAAGUUCCCCUUUGUGUAUCAGUGUGCGCACCAGAAGCACGAGUACUUGACCUGCGAAUACGAGGAUUAUGUGCUCCGCAUGAAGGAAUUCGAACGCGAGCGUCGUCUGCUGGAGCGUCAGAAGCGUCUGGACAAAGCAGCUGCCUAGAGACUACAGAUCGUACUGGGACUAACUGGUGGUUAUAAUUAAUAUUUUUUUUUUUUCUCUCUCUUUGUUGGAGCCGAUUAAAUGCGAUAAAUUGGAAUAAAUACCCUUGCUAGUAAA